AGUGAACCAGUUGUGUGUACGCUAAGGUGAGAGAAAGAAGUACAAAAACCACCUAAAUCGUCGCGCGUUUAACAUUUUUUUUUAAAUAAGAAAAAAGUAUUUUACAAUCGUAAAGACUGGAGUUUGACAGAGUUUUCCAUCUAAAUUGGAUGAAGAUAGUAUUGACGAUUAAAGAAACUAGAAUUUUCCCGUCGAGUGUGUCUGUUUAAUUAGAGUUUUCGGUUCGGAAAAUGUUGUUCAGUUCAAAGAAAAUGUGAAAAAAAACAAAAGAAACAUAAAAAAAACGACAACAAAACCUUACCUAGCAUAUUACCCACGACAACACUUUCAACGAAAGGAAUUUAAAUUCAACAUGGAAACCAUUCUUCAACUUUUUAUUGGAUUAACAGUGCUUCGUGGUUGAAAAUAAUAUUAAUUUUGUGUUCGAAAUAACGACGAAAAUUGUCUUUGGUGAAAUAGAAGUGAAAACAUAUUACAAGAAUCGAAUGAAAAUCGAAUUUUCCGAAAUGUGUUUGUGUUAGUUAUAGAUAAAUUAAGAUUGGAUGUAUUUGUUGUGUCACUUUUUAAACAUAAAGUAGGUAGAACACACACUUUUUACCUCUUCAGUGGCAACCGGUUCGGAAAAUAAUAAAUUUUUUUUUCUUAAAAAGAGGAAAAUUGUGACAGAAAAUUUUCGUUGAAUUGAACGAAAACGAUAUUUGGAUUAUUCGGAUUAAUACAUUUUUACAUCAAAAGGAUUACAAACGAAUAUCAAGUUGGCAUCUUAUAACGAACAGAAGAAGAAGACGAAUAAAAAAAAACCAACUAAAAUAUCUAAGCGAUCGAAAAACUGAGGAAAAGUAUAUUCGUCAGGCGCAUCUUGUGUGUGUGUGUGUACCCAUCCACACAUAUUUAAUACGAGCGGUGAGUUGCACAGCAACUAUGGAUUUGAAUUUUUCUCAUCGGUGAUGAUGAGCGUAAAUGCUGCUACAUUAAAAAUGGCAGCACCCCAAUCAAAGUUCAUUAUGCCACCGCUCAUUUGGCUGUGGCUGUGGCUAAUUGGCAGCGGAAUAAUUCCAAUUUUGGCCGAACACACACGCGAAUUGGAAAUAUCGGAAGGCGUUCCGGUCGGAACGCAAAUUGGUUUCAUCGGUGAACUGUUGCAUGGCGUCGACAGUGGUCCACCGUAUUUGAUUGUGCCGGUGCCGGGCAGUGCAGUCGAUACGGAAUUAGCGAUCGAUCAGACAACGGGUGAAAUAAGAACAAGAGUGUCAUUGGAUCGGGAGGCGAGAGCGUCGUAUUCGUUUGUUGCGAUUCCGUUCAGUGGCGAUGAAAAUGUGCGCGUUAUUGUGCGUGUGUUGGAUGAGAAUGAUAAUGCGCCGACAUUUCCGACGCCGGUGAUGAAUAUUGAAUUUCCCGAGAACACGCCUCGAGACGUUAAACGUACGUUGAAUCCGGCUCGGGACUUAGACUUGGGUCGGUACAAUACCCAACGGUAUAACAUUGUGUCGGGUAACAUAAAUAAUGCGUUCCGUCUGUCGUCCCAUCGCGAACGGGAUGAUGUGUUGUAUUUAGACUUACAAAUAAAUGGAUUUCUCGACAGAGAGACCACUCAAGAGUAUAGUUUAGUGAUAGAAGCUUUGGAUGGCGGUAGUCCACCGUUGCGUGGAAAAAUGACUGUAAAUAUCACAAUACAGGACGUCAAUGACAAUCAGCCAAUUUUCAAUCAAAGCAGAUAUUUUGCUACUAUUCCCGAAAACGCAACGAUCGGUACGAGUGUUCUGCAAGUAUUCGCUACUGAUACCGAUGCCGACGACAACGGCUUGGUUUCAUACUCGAUAAAUCGGCGACAAAGUGAUAAAGAUCAAAUGUUUCGCAUCGAUUCUAAGACCGGGUCGAUUUCGGUGAAUAAACCACUGGACUUUGAGACAAAAGAACUCCACGAAUUGGUCGUUGUUGCCAAAGACAACGGUGAACAACCAUUGGAAACGACAGCUUUUGUAUCGAUUCGAGUGACUGACGUUAACGACAAUCAGCCGACAAUAAAUGUAAUUUUCCUCAGUGACGAUGCAACGCCGAAAAUUUCUGAAUCUGCCCAGCCGGGAGAAUUUGUUGCUCGAAUAUCGGUGAACGAUCCCGAUUCGAAAACGGAGUAUUCCAAUGUGAAUGUGUCAUUAAGUGGUGGCGACGGGCAUUUCGGCUUAACGACACGCGAUAACAUCAUUUAUUUGGUAAUUGUUUCGUUGCCACUCGAUCGCGAAGUUCAGCCAAAUUACACAUUGAGUGUGGUCGCUACCGAUCAAGGUAAUCCGCCGUUGCAUGCAUCGAAAACGAUUUAUUUAAAAGUGAUUGACAUCAACGACAAUGCACCCGAAUUCGAAAAAGACAUUUACCAUGCCCAUGUGAUGGAAAUAGCCGAUCCGGGUACAUCUGUCAUACAAGUGGUAGCUAUUGAUCGCGACGAAGGCAAUAAUUCGGCCGUAGUUUAUUCGCUGGUCGAUACACCCGAUACACAUUCGCAGUGGUUUCAAAUCGAUCAGCACACCGGUCUAGUGACAACUCGCGCGCAUAUCGAUUGUGAAACGGAACCGGUGCCGCAAUUAACUGUGAUAGCUAAGGAUAGUGGUUUUCCAACAUUGUCAUCGUCGGCAACAAUAUUUGUCACCAUCUAUGAUGUGAAUGACAAUCAACCACUGUUCGACCAGAGUUUCUACAACGUUUCGGUGCAGGAAAAUGAGGCGAAGGGAAGGUGCAUUCUAAAGGUUUCAGCAAGCGAUCCCGAUUGUGGAGUGAAUGCAGUAGUAAAUUACACGUUAGGUGAAGGAUUCAAAAAGCUCACUGAAUUUGAAGUUAAAUAUAACACUGGAGACGUGUGCAUUGUUGGGUCAUUGGAUUAUGAAGUUCGUAAUUCUUAUGAAUUUCCAAUCGUUGCUACGGACAGAGAUGGUCUAAGCACAACGGCAAUGGUUAAAGUGCAAGUAACCGAUAUAAACGAUAACCGUCCGAUCUUCUAUCCCAGCGAAUACAAUGUCUCAUUACGCGAAGCCCCAUCGACCAUGAGCUCGUCAACGCCAAUUAUAGCCGUUGUUGCCACCGACCCAGACUCUGGUUCAUUCGGCAUCGUUUCAUACCGCAUUGUCGAUGGCAACGAUGCCGGCAUUUUUCGCAUCGAUCGAUUCAGCGGUGAAAUAUUCAUUGCCAAACCGAGCAUGUUGUCCAGUCGUUCGCAGCCAUAUCAUAAGCUAAACGUAUCCGCAACGGAUGGUGGUGGAUUGAAAGCGUCACGGAAUGCUGAAGUAUUUAUCAGUGUGAUCGAUUCGAAGCAUCGACCGCCCAUUUUUGAGAAGUCACGGUACAAUUACAAUGUGAAAGAGGAUGCGGCCCAUGGAAAUGUGGUCGGAUCGGUUUUGGCGACUAGCAGUGAUUCAGGAAGCCGCGGCGUUGUUCGAUAUUCCAUUAAUUCCGGAGAUCCAGAUGGUUUUUUCAGUAUAGACCAAGUGUCUGGAAAUAUUCGCGUUGCAAAUAUUUUGGAUCACGAAACAAAAUCCCAAAUACUAUUAAACGUACAAGCUACCAGCGGCGAUCCGCCUGCCUAUGGACAUACACAGGUGAACAUAGACAUCGAGGACGUUAAUGAUAAUUUUCCUGAAUUCGAAUCGAACACGGUGCGCAUAUCUGUUCCAGAGAAUGUGGAAUUGGAUACACCAUUAUAUGCAGCGAAUGCACGUGACAGAGAUUCCGGAAAAAAUGGCAUUGUUAGUUAUCGUUUAAUUACCAUUGGCGACGGUACAUCUUUGGCGACACCGCUACAAAUGUCAUCCGCUUCGUUGUUUUCAAUUGAUGCACGUUCGGGCCAUCUAACUCUAUCACGACAUUUGGAUUAUGAGACAGCGCAGCAACAUUCAUUGAUCGUAACAGCUAGUGACUCCGGUGAACCAUCUUUAUCAGCUAAUUUAACUAUUCUAAUUGACGUUCAGGAUGUUAACGAUAAUCCACCGAUGUUUGAGCAGAAUGAGUAUGCCGUAAAAGUAAUCGAAUCAACGCCAAUCAAUUCUCAGAUAAUCCAAGUGACUGCCAUCGACCUAGACACUGGAAACAAUGCACGACUAACUUAUCGCAUCGUAAGCCAACAACAGAAACAGCCAAACAACCAAACAUCCAACCACUCCGACGAAUCAACCGAAGUGUUCGGUAUAUUUCCGAAUAAUGGCUGGAUAUACUUACGAACCACAUUGGACCGUGAAACAUACGAUCGAUACAUAAUAACUGUAUUAGCUAGUGACAACGGGCAACCAUCGGCCACGGCAACUACACAUGUUACGAUUACCGUUGAUGAUGCUAAUGAUAACGAUCCGCAAUUCAUUCGCGACUCAUAUGAAUUCAGCGUUGAGGAAAAUUUACGACGUGGUGUUGUAGUGGGAACCGUUGCAGCUACGGAUGCUGACUUGGAUGCAAAUGCCGCGCUGCGAUAUAAUUUAUUGCCGAGUAAUACCAGCUUCCAGAUCAAUUUUGUUACAGGCGAAAUAAUGACACGGGAACUUCUCGAUCGCGAGGAACGAUCAUCAUACGAUCUAGUGGCCGAAGUUCGUGACCAGGGCACGCCUUAUCGUAGUUCUCGAGUUCCGAUUCACAUUGCCGUUACCGAUGUCAACGACAAUGCACCGGAAAUUGUCGAUCCACAGGAAGAUGUGGUGAGCGUGCGCGAAGAACAGCAACCCGGUACGGCGGUCGUAAAAAUUCGUGCGACUGAUCGUGACAAUGGGUACAACGCGUCCGUUAGUUAUGCCAUACUGAAAGGACGAGACUCGGAUGGAUAUGAUGUGUUUGCAAUAGAUCCGAUAACCGGCGUGAUUACGACGAAAGAGUCAUUCGACCACGAAGAGAAGAGUAUUUAUCGGUUGGCUGUGGCUGCUUCCGAUAGUGGCCGUCCGCCAAAGCAAACUGUUCGUCUUCUUCGUGUGGAGAUACUGGAUCUUAAUGACAAUCGACCGACGUUCACCAGCUCCAGUCUUCUUUUUAAGGUACGUGAAGAUGUUCCUGUCGGAUACAUCAUCGGCGCCAUGGGUGGAUCGGAACGAUCAAUGAUGGAUAAUCUAAUUGCUAGUAACAACGGUCUGCACAUAACAUACACCCUAACAUCGUUACCGAACGUUAGCGAAGGAGUAUUCGAAAUAGAUCAAAAUUCGGGAUCACUUGUGGUGGCCCAGCAAUUGGACCGGGAACAGCAAAGCGAGUACAGUUUAGAAAUACGAGCACUCGACACAACGUCUUCGAACAAUCCACAAAGUUCGGCAGUGACAGUAAAAGUUGAAAUUGCUGAUGUGAACGAUAACGCUCCAAUCUGGCAUAACGAUCCGAUCAUUAUUAAUGUCGUAGAAAAUACACCGAUCCGAUCUGUUGUCUAUAAUUUUACGGCCUUUGAUGCAGACUUUGGUGCCAACGGUGAUGUACAUUACAAGCUAGUCAAACAGAGUCCCUUUGAAACGGAAACCUUUUCCGUCGAUCCGCUGACGGGUACACUAACUCUUACUGGUGCCAUUGAUUACGAAGAAGUUAAUGAGUAUGUCGUCGUUGUCGAAGCUACAGAUCAAGCUCACAACGUAUCCGAUCGGUUAAGCUCGUCAGUGACCGCUCACAUAAUUGUAACCGAUGUUAACGACAACAGUCCAGUAUUUGUAACACCUAGUGCCGACGACUUUACACUGUAUUUGAGUGACACAACUUCGGUGGGUCAAAUUGUGAUGCGUGUGGUUGCCAUUGACAAAGACUCUGGCGGCAAUGGACGUGUAAUUUACAACAUUCUUAGUGGCAAUGAAGACGGGUUCUUCAAUAUGGAUCAGAGCAGCGGUUGGAUUGAAUUGACAAAACCACUGUUGGGUGUCAGCAGCAUGGGCCAUCAUCGGUACAUAAACAACGUACUGACCAACGGACUUUUUACAUUUUUGAUCAGUGCUAGUGAUGCGGGCGUACCUGCGCCGAAGGAAUCAAGGAUUACGAUGAAAAUCGUCGUGCAAGGAUCAUCAAACAAUCCGCCGAGAUUUCUGGAGUCCGUGUAUCAUGCCAACAUAUCGGAGAAUGUACCAGCCGGAAACUUUGUGGUUCGUGUGGCAGCCAAAUCAUUUCAAGGAGGAAUCGGUGGAAAUUUAACAUACGAAAUACCUAACGGUGUAGGCGAUGACCAUUUUACCAUCGAUCCGUUGCGUGGCAUCGUAACCACACAAGGCGAAUUCGAUCGCGAAACCAAAGACGUGUACAUCAUUCCGGUGUACGUGACGGAAUUGUCAACGCCAUCGUCUACGUACCAAAAUUCGCUAACACAACGGCGAGACGCUCAAUUUGACGUAACGACACUGGUCGUGAAAAUUACCGAUGUAAACGAUUUUGCGCCAGAAUUUCGACCUGGUUCCUGUUAUCCGUUGGCGGUGCCGGAAAAUAGUGAAUUGGCUAUCAUUCAUACGGUUGUGGCUACUGAUUUGGAUGAGGGGCCGAAUGGUGAUAUCAUUUAUAGUAUAACAGGCGGCAACUUUGGGAACAAAUUUAGCAUUGACAUGCACACCGGUGAACUAACCGCCCGACCAUUAGACCGUGAAAGUCAUUCGCGAUAUUUAUUGCAAGUGACUGCUCAGGAUCGAGGCACGCCCACGUCACGCCAGGGAACAUGCAAUAUAUCGAUAACCGUUGAAGAUGAGAACGACAAUGAUCCACGCUUCGAAUCGGCUAAAUACGUUGCAACGAUCGCCGAAGAUGAACCGAUCGGAACAUCCGUGUUAACAGUCAAAGCAACGGACGCUGAUUUGAGCAUAAAUGCACGAAUCAUCUAUUCGCUGUCCAAUGAAACGCAGUGGCUGUUCAAUAUCGACAAUCGUAGCGGUGUUAUAACCACAGCCGGGCCUCUCGAUCGCGAACGCCAGAGCACCUACAAUUUCAUGGUAGUCGCAACUGAUGGCGGUCGCUCCGAUGCACGAUCACAACGGGUUCCCGUGCAAAUUAUCAUCGACGAUGUCAACGAUAAUAAACCGUUGUUCGCCAGUUAUCCGUUCAAAGCGCACGUAGCCGCUUACGUUCAACCCGGUCAGACAUUACUGGAAGUGAUGGCCAGCGAUCCGGACCAGGGAACAAACGGUGAAAUAUUCUACAAUAUCAUCAAUGACUCAACGAACGGCAAAUUCCGAUUAAAUCCCAAUACUGGCACCCUAAGUGCCACCCAAAGUUUGACUAGCGAAAAUGGUCGUUUGUUGCACAUUGAAAUUAUGGCACGCGACAAAGGCAAUCCACCGCAAAGUACAACCGGUUUGAUUGAAUUACGCAUUGGUGAGGUGCCGCAAGGUCUGCCGGAUCUGCGAUUCCAAAAUGAAACGUAUGUGGUAACCAUACCGGAAAACACUGCCACAGGAUUUACGUUGGUGAAAUUGAAUGCGGUCAGAAGUGAUGGUAGACGGCAAAAGAUUGCAUAUUCAUUGGGCGCCGGCAAUGAAGCGGAAACAUUUUCGAUUAAUGCGAAUUCGGGCGAAAUACAAGUGCAAAAUUCGAAGCGGUUAGACUAUGAAUACAGCAAAGAGAUGAGAUUGAUAGCCGUUGCCAAAACGGACGGAUCGCCAUUGCUGUACGGAUACUGUGAGAUAAAAGUAAUUUUGCAAGACGAAAACGAUAAUGCACCGCGAUUCACGCAACAGCAGUACUCAACGGCUGUGUGGGAAGGGAACAACAAAGGCACAUUUGUUAUGCAAGUGACCGCGUUCGAUGCGGAUCAAGGAUCAAAUUCGCAUGUUUUGUACCACAUCGUCGAUGGGAACCAUGAUAAUGCGUUCAUCAUCGAACCAGCAUUUAGUGGCAUUGUAAAGACGAACAUUGUACUGGACCGGGAAAUUAGGGACACGUAUCGACUGAAAGUAAUUGCAACUGAUGAGGGUGUACCGCAAAUGACUGGUACAGCUACAAUUCGUGUGCAAAUUAUUGAUGUUAAUGACAAUCAGCCAGUUUUUCCGCGACACAGUGUCAUCAAUGUCAGUGAAGACACCGAACUCGGUACCGUUCUAACAACGGUAUCUGCCAACGACGUGGACACCAAUCCAGCACUAAAGUACAGCUUUACCGAUGAGGACAUGGACGACACAUUUGCUAUCGAUCGAUUCAGUGGACGUGUAGUUCUGAAACGGCACUUAGACUACGAGACGAAACAAGAGUAUGGGCUCAAGAUCUCUGUUUCGGACACUGCGCACAUUGCAUACACAACACUAUCCAUACGCGUAACGGAUGUAAACGAUAAUCCACCCGUUUUCCAACAGCCUGCCUAUCACGUCACUCUUCCAGGUAAAUUUCACUUAGCUACGUUAAGGCCUUCGAUCUCAUUGUCGGGAUUUCGAUUCAUUUUUCCAGAUAAAAUCUCAAGCUACGAUAUGGAUUUGUUGACGGUGAACGCAAGUGAUGCGGACACAGAACCAAAUGCUAAAGUUCGAUAUUCCAUUGCUACUCCGGUUGAAGGGUUUACCAUUGGUGAAAUGAGUGGUGUCCUGUAUGUGAACACCAGUCGAAUCGCACGACCACUGAUCAGAGAUAUUCAACUAACGGUAAUGGCAUCCGAUUCUGGAACGCCAACUCUAAGCUCCAUAGCAGCCGUACGAGUUCAUGUCAGUUCAAAUGGUUUUACAAAGCCACAAUUUCAACAGAAUCAAUUCAGAUCAUCGAUACGUGAAGAUAUGCCAGCAGGAACAACGGUAUUGAAACUGACACCCGACCUAAUCGAUGUGGACCUCGAUCAAAACGUAUCCUUCGAAAUAAUAUCGGGAAAUGACGAGGACUGUUUCGGUGUCAUUCAUCCGAACAAUGCCAUCAUUCUUGUGAGAGAACUGGAUCGUGAAACUACCGAAAACUACAAUUUACGACUGGUACUCACCGAAAGGGGAGUCCGAGCCAGUCAUGACGAUAAUUCGACCGCUAUCAAUGUGGUGGUCAUUGUGGAGGAUGCGAACGAUAAUCAGCCAGUAUUCGAAUCGUCCGAAUAUGAGGCAACAAUAAGUGAAGCCACACCCUUAAAACGAAAAGUCGCUCAAGUGGUUGCUGUUGAUAAAGAUCUGGAAAAUACGCCCAACGCGGAGGUAGUGUACGACAUAACGUCUGGGAAUGUUGGUGGAGCGUUUUCCAUUGAUUUAAUUUCGGGAAUUAUCUCGGUGAACAAUGAUCUGGACUUUGAUGGCAGCACACCCGAAUAUAAUUUGAUCAUACGAGCGUGUGACAGUGCCGACAAACCGAGAUGCAGCCUACAACCGUUUCCCAUUUAUUUGACCGACGAAAACGACAAUCAACCAAAGUUUCCCGUUGCUGAGUAUUUGCAGUUCGUCGGAGAAAAUGAGCCGAUUGGUGUCAGCAUCUUUACGGCACGAGCCAUCGACCUGGACAAAGGAAAGUACGGCAAUCUGAGCUAUUCCAUAGUUUCAUCUGCAGCUGUGGCUGAGUCUGACGAAUCGGUUAAUUGGUUCAAAGUAGAUGCGACCAGUGGAACAGUGACGACCAAUGCGAUUUUUGAUUACGAACAACGCAGCAUCUAUGCGUUCUCCGUGAAGGCGACAGACUUUGGAGGAAAAAGCGCAAUCGUCAAAGUGAGGAUCGGUGUAGACAGUCGUGAUGAAUUCACUCCGCAAUUCACCGAACGCACAUAUCGCUUUACAUUGGCAACGUCCGAAAACAUACAGAGUGGAUACGUGAUUGGACACGUUUCAGCAACAGACGGUGAUAAAGGUCCUGAUGGCCGUGUAAUUUACCAGUUGACGACACAGCACCCGUACUUCAAAAUCAAUCGUACAACCGGUGCCAUUAUUGUGAAAAAGAAGUUGGGAAAUUCGGAAGUCAGUGUGGAGUCGGGCAGAGACAUCAGUCUCGUUGUUACGGCUAGUUCGGGUCGCCAAGGGUCUCUAACAAAUAUGACCGUCGUUGAAAUAGCAUUCGAUCCGCUAGCAGAUUUGAGCACGAAUCAAGCCAGUACAAAUAGCGGUUCGACCAGUUCAGGUCUUGCUGAUUGGGCGUUGGGAUUGUUGAUAUCGCUGAUUUUAGUGGUGCUGUCUUUCGCCGCUGUCUUCCUCUUCCUUCACUUCAAGAAUCGGCGUCACAAGCAAGUUUCCAAGCCACGAUUGAGUACAGAAACUGUGGGCAAUUCUAACAGCUACGUGGAUCAGAGUGCCUUUGACACUAUUCCGAUUCGCGGUACCGCUAGUGGUGUAGGAAAUGCAGGACAAUUUGCCCCACCUAAAUAUGACGAAAUUCCGCCGUACGGUCCACAUGGCAACAAUGGUUCACAAGGUGCUGCGACCACAUCUGAACUUUCCGGUUCAGAACAAUCUGGAUCUAGUGGUCGCGGAUCGGCCGAAGAUGGAGAUGACGGAGAAGAUGAAGAAAUUCGAAUGAUCAACGAGGGUAACUUGCAGCGGGACAAUCCUUUGCAUCAUGAAGACGGACGUUUGUCGGAUGUGUCGGUGCAAAAUACACAAGAAUAUCUUGCGCGCCUGGGAAUAAUUGAUAAUACGGGAGCAGCGUCAACAUCGUCACGAAGUAACAAAGAUUCGAUGUCGCAUCACGCAAUGCCAAUGCAUUCGUUGCAUAUGUUUGACGAGGAACCAAACGAGAACGAUAUAACAAAUCUAAUUUAUGCCAAAUUGAAUGAUGUCACUGGCGGCGGUAGUGACAGAGCUAGUAGCACGGAUGAAGGCGGAACAACUGCUGGCAGUAUUGGAACGGGUGUCGAUCAUGUGAUGGCAAUGGGAGGCUUCGGCGACCAUCCAGUUGUCUCAUCAUCGUCUGUCAAUCCAGGACCGUCAAUGAAUGGUUCGUUAAGUUCCAUUGUACAUAGUGAAGAGGAACUCACGGGUAGCUACAACUGGGAUUAUUUGCUGGACUGGGGUCCGCAAUAUCAACCGUUAGCUCACGUUUUUUCGGAAAUUGCUCGACUGAAAGACGAUACACUGUCGGUGCACAGUAGUGGAGCAUCAAGUGCCAAAAGUAAAAUUUCAUUACAUCCAGCCAAACACAUACCGCCACCAUUAUUAACGAAUGUUGCGCCUCGUUCAGUGCCAGUUCUAUCAGCCAGAAAUAAUCUCGGCCAUCAUUCGUCCAAUGUAAAUUACCAUUUGCCAAGAUCGCCGAUCAAUCAUGACACACCCGGUAGCUUUUGUACAUCGGCCGCAAUGUCUCCGAGCUUCUCACCGUCACUUUCACCGUUGGCCACACGGUCACCAUCGAUAUCACCGCACGUGAUCGCCGGAAAUGUUCCUGCUAGUUUACAUAUGGUGUCACUUCCACGACAGCAUCCGAUGCCGACGCAACGGAAAAAGGUUCACGAUCCGGAAAUGAGAGUGAGAAAUUAGAUUUUACGUUUAAGUGUGAUA